UCAAGGCUAUAUUUGCACAAUGCUAAUUACGUUCAUGUUGAUUAGCAAGAUAAAACGCGUUUAUUAUGCAAUACCAUACGAUACGUGAAUCAUUGUUGAUUCAAUAAAUACCUCAACAAGUUUUCAAACAUUUUUUCUUAAACAAGAAUAGGAAUCCGAAUCAUCUAAACGAAGAACUAAACAUGAAGAUGGUAGCAUUGUUACUCAUCACAUUUGUUAUAGCCUUGGCAUCAUUCCCUCCUCCGACAAGUUCCAAGAGCAAUGCGAAAUCAUGUCUUACAAGUGCGGUUAAGGUUUGCUUUGAUGGCAUAGCUCGUGGAGCGCCGGUGAAGCCUGCAUGUUGUGCGAGUCUGAAAGAGCAUCAUACAUGUCUGUGUGAUAUAAUUAAAUCCCGUAUGGUCGAUACCAGUGUUCUUAGCUCUAGUCUCAAGUCUUGUGGUAUGCCUAACCCCAAAUGUUGAACACAGUAAAAGAAUAUCGAUACACCAUACCAAAGAAUCUGUGCUUCUUUCUUAUCUUUUUUCAGUUUUUAUACAGUUUCUGAUUGAUUAGAAUAAAUUACUAUAAU